AUGAACCGAGACUGCCAGAAGGCCGACUGGAAGGCACACAAGAAGGUCUGCAGCAAGCAAGCUGGGUUUGCUUCUGCGUUUGGGUCUGGAAAUGAGGGCCUGUCUCCGCCCAAGGGACUAGACGAGCCCAUCCCCGACCUAUUCACUCGUCUGGACAAUGGCACCUACCUCCACAAUCGUCCAGAGAAGGAUGUGUAUCGACUGCUUCUUGACACAUACCGUCUCCGCGUCGAUGACAUGUACACUCUUGAGGGAGAUGUCGACGAUGGCAACAUCUACGCUGGCCGUGCAGAUAGCCUAAAGGGCUUCAGGCGAUUCACGAGAAAGAUAACCAGGCCCAAGAAGGAACUACUCCCUUCAUAG